AUGCACGGUGCUCCCCUCAUUUCUCUUGAUACGUGUACUUGUAUUCUGUUCUUUCCUUCCGCUACUAUUCAUCGUUGCGUCUCGACAGUAACAGACGCCCUCAUUCGAUCUGGUUUCAGUCUCUUUAUUUACGGGCAACACGUUCUGCCUCUUGGAUUUACUUCUGUCGUACAACUUCCAGGCUUCCUCCAAUCCAUCAACUCGAUCUCAUUCGUUCUCUACGAGGUUCUACCCUGUUCCUGGCUUCGUACCAUGGCUGCCGUAUUAUUUUUAUCUGAUCUCUGGAUUUGUACUAUAUAG